GCGCGAUCAUUUCGAAAACGUGAUUCGAAGUAUCCUCUAGUGACGAGCCGACGUUCCUGUUCCCGACACAACUCAGAUUGCCUAACAGCCGCAAAAACCCAAGUCAUGUCUCCAAGUGUCGUGUUUGCGUUGGCUGUGUGUGGGUUCGCGGCAAUCUGCUCAUUGCCCGUCACCAAUGCGCAGGCGCUCGUUUCUCCCUAUGAAUCAUCAGCGGCAGCGGACAGUCAAAACGGGUGGGGGGCGUUAGGCGGCCUGUACGCACUACUAGCCCAACACGACGCGCUCGGCGGUCAUGCACUCGCGCGCAAAUCCGUGCGCUCGCCUUCCCGUCGUCUUCGAUUUGGACGCCGCUCUGACCCCGACAUGCCUCCCCAAGCUCCUUUGGACGAGAUGAACGAGCUGCUUUCCCUUCGCGAGGUUCGCACUCCCGUGCGUCUGCGUUUCGGCCGCCGAUCUGAAGAACGCGCUGUGCCCCACAUCUUUCCCCAGGAGUUUUUAACACAGGAGCAGGACCGUGCCGUGCGUGCCCCUUCCAUCCGUCUCCGGUUCGGACGCCGAUCGGACAACAAUAUGUUCUUACUCCCCUACGAAUCGGCCCUGCCCCAGGAAGUUAAAGCCAACGGCUCCGUGGAAGACGACAGACAACAGGAAUAAAUGCAACAUAUCCGUAUACACUAUCUACAUAUAAAUACACCCGCCCCGUCAGAACUUUUAUUAACAAUUCUUUAUCAGGGCACUACGUCCGAUCAGUACAUAUUUAUGUGUCAUAUUAAACAAAAUACAUUCGAUUUUUAGAUGUUAUUCAACUUAAUUAUAAGCUAUGUGUACAUAAUAAUCAGUUAGUACCUUGUAUGUUUUAACCAAUAUAUUAUUAGACGAAAUAUAUUAUUAUCAAACUUUUACUCGGUUCUUGGAAUUGGUAAUAAAUAAAUAAUUUGAUUGACUUGUCAAAUGCUUUCUUCGACAGCUACAAAUGUUAUAAAUGUUAAAAAUUGAUAUCGAUGAUAUUCUAGUCAAUAUGAAGUAAGACUGUCUCUUUUAUUUGAUCUCUGUUUCGAAUUUGUUGAAUUUGGUGCGUAAUACAAUGAAGAGCAAAUUUUGAAUCUGGUUUAGUUGUGGGUCAAGUGGAUCGUAUCCUACACCUAUUAUAAAAAAGUUGUCGUUGAUUGGAAGUAUAUUUGCUGACUACGCAUUGACUAAGUUCGGAGUUUGCUCUUGAAUAUAUUGUGGACUGCACAUGUAUGUAUAUGACAUGAACUUGCUGCGAAGAGUUGUACAUUUUAAGAGCUGGGCAAAUGUAAAACUUCUUCGCCUCGUAGGUACUAUUUGAUUUGAUCUCUUGGUAGCUAACAGAACAGAAUCGUAGUUGAACUUAGAUCAUUAUGCAAAUACAUUAUUUAUUAUAUUAAGUGUAGUGAAACUAUGUUUAGUUUUGUAUGGAUAUUAUAGAGCAAUUGAUGAGUUGAAAAAUAAAAUAUUUCCAAG